AUGCUACAUCUUAGACCUAAAAUUCAAAGAUCUUAAUCUACGAGAGGGCUUAUCUAAGACAACAAUAAAUUUACAGAUGAACCUAAUUUACAGUAAAAGCAUGAAGAUGUUAUGAGAUAAUAGCAGCAUAGUUAAUAUCAAUAGGAGAUACAGUAUUACUCAAACAGAAAUGAUAAUGAUAUAAGGCAAAGAUAUCAGGCAGAUGAAGACUAUAGCAAUAAAGAGAAUAUAAAUACACUAAAUGAAUUAAACAUGCUGCAUCCAGAAUAGCAAUCAAUAUUUGAAAUAUCCUAAAGUAUGGAGUAAGAACUUAUGAAGCAGCCACCUAUGAAAAUCAAAUUAAAUAAAAUCAGAUUCAUUCAGCCUCUCAAGGAAAAUAAUUCUCAUAACAAUAUAAAUAUUGAUUAGAAUUCUAUCAAAAAUCAAUACAAUACUAAUAUUUUAAACUUGAAUACUCCCUCUCGUUAAUAUUCAACAAGAAAGGGGUAGCAUGUUUCUAACCAAGAAAGUGGGAUAUUUCACAGUGAUCUCAGCAGUAUUAUUUAAAGAGACAACUCUAAUUAAAAUUUGCAUCAGAACCUCAUAAUUAAUAUGUCAGAAUAAAAAUCUAAUAACAUAUCGAUUGAAUAAGAUGUCAGAAUGAUCAGCAAUCUUAUGAGCAAUCAUAAUGAUCAGCCUCAAGGAAAUAUGGUUAUAAGGAAUCCAAUACUACCACCAAAGAUAAAGUAAAGCAACAAGGUUAUUGGAGCGCAUUAGGAGCGCAAUAAAGAAAACAUUAAUAUUGGAGGCAUAAAAAAUGAAUUAUCAGUCAAGCAAUAAAUAGCUUAAAAAGUGUAGGAAAGAUGCAUGAAAGCGCUUGAAUCAGCAAAGAAAUCAUCCAAACCUCCAAUAUCUAUUCAUAGUUAAAUUCAGUCAUCUAGCAAAAAGCUGAUGACAUAGCCUUGCUAAUCAGCUAGACAAAGUAUGAAUAAUUUCAGACCACUUAGCACAUUUGAUUCUGGAAUGAAAUUAACUAAUGAAAAAGAUCUAAGCACACCAAAAGGCAGUUAAGAGCAAACUUAAAGGAAAACAGAGAAUAGCAUUAGAAAAACUUUAAGAGACAAUUCUAUUGGUAGUUCGAAUCACAAGUCAAAUUAUAUGGAAAAUAACUUUAUGAGCACCUGUAGACUUAAUUUUAACCCUAUAGAUACAGAGACUUGCAACACAGCUAGAUCUAACAUUGUGUCUAAUUUUGAAUAGUAAAACUAGUAGGAAAAGGUUAGUACUAUUCAGCACUUAAGCUAGUACCUAGUCAAUCAAGACAAAAGAAACUCUAUGAUGAGAGAAAGCUAUUCUUCAUCCCAAGAAUCAUAAUCAAUGCUAAACUCUAGAUCUCACAGAAAGAAACUUAGGUUCAAUGAAAAUAUAGAGAUCAUAAACGUUUACUUUGCAAAUAUUUACAAAGAUGAUUUGUUAGAAGAAUCAUAAGAUGAGAUUGACAGACAAUUUAGAAAGUAUUUCAAAGUCUCAUCAAAUGCAAUUGUGAUUAAUGAUAAUAAUGAUGCUGAUUAGACAAACUAAAUAAUAGGGAGUGAACAUUAUGAUCCAAUGGUAUGUGAUAUGAGAGAAUCAGAUAUAUGGAGGGUAGUUUUUGCAAAUCUUAAUAUUUUGUAUCCAAGGUUAUGGGAAUUCGAUAUCGGCUAGCUAGAUAAAAUUCUUGAGAAAGAGUUCAUGCAAGUGAGAAGAACUCAAAUAAUAGAUGAGGAUACUCAUUGCAUGACCAUUGAAACAGUGGAAGAGUUAGAAUGUAUGUAGAGAUAAAAUGAACAGCUUUAAAAAGAUAUUUAGGCAAUAUAAGAGAAAUAGCAUUCAGUAAAGAGACUUGUGAAGAGUGAUUCAAGUUAAAAAAUAAGAUCGCCAAGAUAAAAUCCACAGGCAGUUAAUGAGGAAAAUAGUAAACAAAAGAAAAAUUUGACCAAAGUUUAAUCAACUUAAGUAUUAGACGAAUUUGAAAUGAUGUGGUAGAAAUUAAAUGAUGAAAAAUAAGAGCUUGAAAGUAAAUAUUAAACUAAUUAGGCUCCUUUGGAAUCAUCUUUCUUGGAUUAAUCAUCCUAAUAAUAAAAGACACUUAAUGAAUCUAAAAAAUUGGUUACCUAAAGGGAUUGGGAGAUGAAAUGGAAUAAAAUUGUAAGAGAAGAAAAAAGAAAAAUCGAUGGGGAUGCUAGUUUUAUGGAUGUAAAUGAUAGUUUCACAGAGUAAUUUGAUGGUCUCAUUAAAAACUUCGACGAAAGUUCAAUAAAUAAGCUAGACACAAUUCCUGAAUUUGAAUUUAAAUCUCAAGAUCAUAAACCCUAAAAUAUCAAAUCUUCUCUCUAAAUUCCAUAAUAAAAAACAUUACUUAAUGACUAGUCAAAGGAUUAGCAAUAUAAAUAUUCAGAUAAAAAUACUUAGAAAGUUAAUGAAGAAACUCCUGAUAGCACCACUAAAAAAGGUAGUUUGACGAAGAACAUGAAAGCAUUUGAGCUUUAAUAUGCUAAGUAUGAGGAAAAACUAAAGUAAAUUGAAGACGAACUAAAAGACUAUAACAGCAAGAGCUCGCAGAUCGAAAGCUCACCUUCUCCUCAGCAGUAAAGAAACAGAAGAGGCCAUAGUAGUAUUAAUAAGAACUAUGCUUUGGAUAGUCCAAAACAUUAAUAAGAAUAAAUAAACCUUGGUAAUAUUCAUGUCAGAAGCCCCUAGAUGAAGUAUGCAGCUCAGGAAUAAGAAACCCCACAAUUCAAUAAAAUAUUUACUAUAUAAAAUAAACUAAACAUAAAUAAUUGA